CGCGCGAGCGCAGCUCUUUCUCACUCUCUCUCUCGGUCUUUCUGCUUUAACAACAUCAGCUUCUCCGGAAACGUGCUCGAAUUUAAAACUGCCCAUUUUUGGAGCUUGUCCAUUUGGGUCCGAGCGCACUCUGACACAGGCUCGGGGAGGCGGAUCUGUUGCUGCUGCUGCUGUUGCUUCAGUCGUCGCGUGCGCUGUCCAGUGCUGAAGUUGCAUUUCGUCUGUGCGGAACGCCUCGUGCUCAGCUGAAGCUCCGGAGCUUCCGCGUCUUUCCCCCCGGCUCAGGUGUUUGACUUUCAGCCCUGCAGGAUCAACUCUUCUAUUGUGCGGUGGAUAAAGAGAGGAUAACGUGCUGGAAGAGGCUUUCAGCUCUGCGCUCUAAACAUGCCAAGGUCUUUUUUGGUGAAAAAGGUGAAGCUAGAUGAUUUCUCAUCCUCUGAACUUGAGAGCGCGUACGGCAGGUCCAGGACCGAUCUCAGCUUUCGGAUUCACGACAAAGGCUACAUCAGUGACUACAUCACCCCGGCCAUUUAUGAUGGAGAGAGUGACGGAGGCACUAAAGUACCUUCUCCAGGACCUAUUUAUGACAGCAACCACAGCGACUACGGGGCACCUGACUCAGACCAACCUGACAGCCCGCAGUCAGAGAUCACAUCCGGCUAUAUCAAUGGCGACAAUGCGGUGAGCGAGGGUUACACCGUAGAUGCCUUCUUCAUCACGGACGGCAGGUCCCGUCGGAAAGUGAUAAGUGGCUCGCGGACCCUCCAGCGGCACACGUGCAAUGAAUGUGGUAAAACCUACGCGACGUCUUCCAACCUGAGCAGGCACAAACAGACACAUCGGAGCUUAGACAGCAAGAUGGCCAAAAAGUGCCCGACGUGUGGAAAGGUGUAUGUGUCCAUGCCAGCCAUGGCCAUGCACCUGCUCACCCAUGACCUCAAGCACAAGUGCGACAUAUGUGGGAAGGCGUUCAGCAGACCUUGGCUCCUGCAGGGCCACAUGCGCUCUCACACGGGCGAGAAGCCCUUUGGAUGUGCACACUGUGGAAAAGCCUUCGCCGACCGCUCCAACCUGCGGGCACACAUGCAGACCCACUCUGCGUUUAAGCAUUUCAAAUGCAAGCGAUGCAACAAAACUUUCGCGCUCAAGUCCUACCUGAACAAGCACUACGAGUCUGCGUGCUUUAAAGGUGCGUUCUCACCUCACUCGUCCAUCGAGGCGUGACUUCCGGUCUGUCAGCGCUCACUUCCCUGUCACGUGUUAGGAUGAUUAUGCUCUCUUACCCAGUUUCACAAUCAAAAUGAAACCCAAUAAUAGCACAAUUUUAUCUUUUGUUUCGCAAAGUUGACCUUAAAGGAAUAUGGAAUCUUCGCAUGCACUUCAGCACCCAUGUCCUCAAAUGACGUUCAGACAGUUCACCUUGACGCUGCGCAGCACUCAACUAUGACCGGCGUUGAAUGAAGGUUUGAGUGACACCGUGUUCCUCAUUAAAAUAAAACUCUUUUGUAUUGUCAGUGGAUAUUAUCAUACUGCUGCAAGUGGCCCAAACAUAUUCACAAUCGAGGUAAACCGGUAUUUAUUUCAUUAAUUUAUUUGACUUUUUUAUUUAUUGUAUGUUUCAAUUACUCCAUCUAGGAUGUAUGAUUGUCUAUGAUGCACUUUUUGUUUUCAUUUGGCCUUUUCUUUCUCAAUAAUGUUGCCUUUUGGGUUAUGCCAGACUUAUUAACAUGCCAAAGCAUUUAGAUCCAUGAUAAUAAUUUAAUGUUUUCGUUUUUUAUGAUUAUUAUUCUUGAUUUUUUUUGUAUACCUACUUAAUGCAUGCAAAAAAAAGAAAAGAAAAGAAAGGAAAAUCUAUGCCAAUACCACAAAGCUUAUAAUUUUGCCAAAAUGUAGAGAUAGUAUCAGGGGGCAAUAUUUCUAGGGGUUCUCAUAAGAAUAUAAAAAGCAAUAAUCAUAAUGCAUGGUAUUUUUGAAAGUAAUAAAAGUAUUACCUAUAGCAGUUUUUUCUAAAUCAGGUAUGUUUGGAUCCAAUACUCUUAAUAAACAUUUAAAAAUGCCACAUCAGGGAAAAUGCCAAUGUAGAGUUUAGUGAGACGAAAUCCAUAAAGUCCAAACCAUCUUCCUUUGCUCUCUGCUUAUGCACUGCCUGCCUCGAAUUUAAACGUAGAUUUAGGAUGUAGGCCCAAAGUGCUGUAACCCCACUCUAAGCAAUUCAGAACCAUUCUCUCGAAGUGCGGGGCAUGUAAUGGCUUUUCUGAGGUUAACUCAAAGGGACACGCAAGGACAAGCAAAGGACUGGAGUGAUAGGAAGGUGUACCAUCUGCAUAGGCGUUCUAUAAUGCACUCACAGCUCAGAUCCGACACUUCAUUUCCUCCAGUUUGGUCGUCCCUGAGGUUGAAAGCACUUCAUUGUAGAAAUCCUUAAAAAGUAGCACAAGAAAACCCUAGAUUCAGGUAGAUGUUACCUAGCUCAAUCUUCCUUUUUUAUAUCUUAAAAGAGGAAUAACAAGCUCAGUUUGUGAGAUGAUCUUCAUGUAGAUACUCAUUUGAAGAGGAAAAACCUUUUUACUGUAGAUGAAUCCACUGUUUGAGGAUGAAAAACAAACAAGAAAAAAAUGUCCUGCGACUUUUUUGAGCCAAUGUUCAAAUGAUGUAAGCACAAGACACAAGGCAUUUUAAGCACUUCAUAAUAAA